CUCGCAAAAAUGUAAUGAACCAAUUAUAGUAAUAAUUAAUAUAACGUCAUAAUAAUUCAAAUUUUUUUUUUGCAAUAACGGAGUUCUGGGUUCAAUAAUUUUUUGAAAAAACAUCCGUACGCAGUAAUCGGUGGCGUCAUCUAUCUACGAAUCGAACAACUACCGAAUGCUGUACUAUUGGGCAUCAAAUAUCAAUAUUAUUGUUGUGCCCAAAGAGUAGAGAUACGAAGCGGCAUCGCGUUAUCUAUAAUAUCACGGGUAUAGGCAUUAGGCGUAUACUAAUACCCAUACGAAGUUAUAAACUGAAUCACUAAACUGGGGCUCUUUGAAAGUAAACAAUAAUGGAAGAUGUUGGUGACAUCGAAGACUUGAUAUCUUCUAUUGCCGAUGUUGCUGAAAUUGGUAGAGUCAAACCUAGGAACAUUGUAUCUUUGCGUCCCAAAGUUAAGGACAGACCGCUAAGGGAAAAUCAUCAGCCACCAUCCCAAGUUCCUGGUACUCAAACAAUAUUUAUUAAGACUUGGGGAUGUUCACACAACAGCUCAGAUGGGGAAUACAUGGCAGGGCUUCUAUCAAAUUAUGGAUAUAAAAUAACUGAGGAUAAAGCUAUUGCUGAUCUGUGGAUACUAAAUAGCUGUACAGUAAAAAAUCCAGCUGAAGAUCAUUUUAGAAAUGAAAUUUCUGCUGGGAAAAAAUCAGGAAAAUUUAUAGUAGUGGCUGGUUGUGUACCUCAGGGUGAUAAAAAAUCUUCUUUUAUUCAGAAUCUAAGUGUUAUUGGUGUUCAGCAAAUAGACAGGGUAGUAGAAGUUGUAGAAGAAACAUUAAAAGGACAUACUAUUCGUUUGUUGGGUCAAAAGAAGAUAAAUGGAAAAAAAGAUGGUGGUGCCAGAUUACAAUUACCAAAGAUGCGCAAAAAUAAAUUAAUUGAAAUUAUUGCUAUCAGCACUGGCUGUUUGAAUCAGUGUACCUAUUGUAAAACGAAACAUGCAAGAGGCAACCUUGGUAGUUAUCCUCCAGAUGAAAUUGUACAAAGAGCCAUAGAAUCAUUUAAUGAAGGUGCUGUUGAAUUGUGGCUAACAAGUGAAGAUACUGGUGCAUACGGAUUAGAUAUACAAACAAAUUUACCAGAACUUCUUUGGCGUUUAGUUGCUAUCAUACCUGAAGGUUGUAUGAUGCGUAUUGGUAUGACUAAUCCACCAUACAUACUCAAUCAUCUAGAGGAAAUAGCCAAGAUUUUAUCUCACCCUAGAGUGUAUGCAUUUUUGCACGUACCUGUACAAUCGGGAAGUAAUCAAGUAUUAGCAGACAUGAAACGUGAAUACUCUAUCGAAGAAUUUGAAAGUGUUGUUACUUUUUUGAGACAAAGAGUACCUGGGGUUUCGAUUGCAACAGAUAUUAUUUGUGGUUUCCCAACUGAAACAGAAGAAGACUUUUCUGAAACAAUGAGUGUUUGUGAAAAAUAUAAAUUUCCUAGUUUAUUUAUUAACCAAUUUUACCCACGUAAAGGUACACCAGCUGCAAGAAUGCCUAAAAUUCCCACAGAUAUGGUUAAACUUCGAACUAAACGUCUUACAGAAUUAUUUCAUUCUUAUACCACUUAUGACCAUAGAAUUGGGGAAGUACAGGAGAUUUUAAUAACUGAAGAAGCCAAAAAUGGUAUUGAGUUAAUUGGACAUAAUAAAUAUUAUGAACAGGUUUUAGUGAGAAAAGAACCCGAAUUAAUGGGCAAGUGCAUUAAAGUAAUCGUGAAGUCUGCAAAAAAACAUUGUCUAAUAGCUGAAAUGGUGGAUAGACCAAGAAUUAUUAAAAAUAAUCUUCAAAGAAUCAAUGAUAUGUACUCAAUUUGGCCUGUAUUUGCUUUAUUAGUUUGCGUUUUAGCAAGAAUACUUUGGUUAUUGGUGUAACAUAAAAUCUAAUGUAGUGUAUAUAAAAAAAAUGCUUUAACACAUUUUCAUGACCUCCAUGUAACUUCAACUUCAUCUGUCCUAAACCUAAGAAAAAUUAUUUAUGAUUAAAUUAAGACUAUUUAGCAAUUAA